AUGUACGAACUCAUGGGCUACUCUCCCAACGCUGUGGAAUACGCAAAGCAAUCGCUUGCCAUAUGGGAGAAGACAUCUAGAGAUUCAAGGGAGCUAGCCAUGGCGCAUAGCCACAUGUGCUACGCACUCGGCUCCGCCUGGAAUGGAGAGGAAGCCCUGGCGCAUGCCCGACGGGCAAUUUCCUAUGCUGAGAAGCUGCCUGAACCAGAACGCUACACCCAGUUUAAUCUGGAUCGGUUCUUACGCAAUUCUGGGCGUGCACGUAUGGCGCUGGGUCAAUAUGACGAAGCUCUGCAGGAUUUCGAUCAGGCCGAGAGACUACACAAGAUUCUGUACGGCCCUUUGAAUCAUUAUGAUGGAGAAUGCGCUCUCGAACGCGCCAAGAUUGCCGUCCGCAAAGGUGAUCUUGCCAAAGCCCAUGAGCUGAACGAAAAGUCUUACAAGCUUGUCUCAAUGGGCAAGCCCACACAUUCAAGUGUCAUGGCAUCACGCUACAGGCAGGCAGUGGUUUGCAUGCAGCAGGGUGACGACAAUGCUGCGCUGAAUCACCUCCAGUAUGCCCUACAGAUUUGCCAGCUGAACGAGGCCCAGAGAGGCGACAAGGGCGAGUCAGCGCGUGUAAAAUGGCGGCUAGCACAGAUCUUUGACAGAAAGGGCUUUGAAAAUGAGGCGAAGCUUUUCAGAGAAGAUGCCGAGGAGACAAAGCGGCAGCUCGAUGGAACGGGUAAUUAUACUAGUGGUAUUAAAGGAGAUGACUCGUGGGAUGUCUACUUGAGUAUCCUAUGCAGGUAA